UCCGUAUAAAAAUUAGAUUCAGUACCCAAAAUACUUGCUAUUCUUAGAAUUUCGAACUUUGAAAGCAGCCAUCUUAAAAUGGAAGGCAGGGAUCGUUGCUGUAAUUGGUUGAAAAAUCAUGAAUCACUUUGUAAUGUACUUUUCACACUAUUUUUGGGUCAAAUUAUUUCCUUCACUUUGGCGACUACCAGCUUUGCUGCUUCUUAUUUAGCGACUCGUGGUGUUGAUGUCCCAGUGACACAGUCAUUUUUUACUUACUUCGGUUUGGCUUCAAUUUAUGGAAGUAUCAUGCUCUUUAGGCGUAAGAAAUUGCUGGUUCCUUGGUAUUAUUAUGCCCUUUUAGCAUUUGUUGAUGUUCAAGGGAAUUUACUUUUUAUUAAGGCAUUCAAAUAUACAUCUGUCACAAGUGUGACGCUUUUUGACUGUUGGGCGAUAGUUUGGGUGAUGAUUUUGACAUGGCUCUUCCUAGGCACAAGAUACACUGUAUGGCAGUACAUUGGAGCUGCAAUAUGUGUAGUUGGCCUUUGCUUCGCACUCCUCUCUGAUGCUACGAUUGGUGGUGGAGGUGGAUCUAGACCUCUUUUUGGUGAUUUUCUUGUAAUAGUUGCAACUCUGUUUUAUGCAUUGAGUAAUGUUGGUGAGGAGUUCUGUGUCAAACAGAAAGACAUCGUUGAAGUAAUUUCAAUGCUUGGUGUCUUUGGAAUGCUGGUGAGCAUGUGUCAGAUUAUACUAUUUGAAAGGCAAGAUUUGGAAGCAAUUGAGUGGUCUGCAGAUAUUAUACUAGUAUUUGCUGGAUUUGCAGUAGGAACUUGUUUGUUCUACAGCCUUGUUCCUUUAAUUUUUAAGCUAAGUGGAGCUACAUUGUUCAAUCUAUCUAUACUUACAUCUAAUAUGUGGUCAGUUGUCAUCCGCAUACUAUUUUAUCACGAAGAGGUUAACUGGCUAUAUUAUGUUUCUUUUGCAAUCGUGGUUGUGGGACUUGUAAUCUAUUGCAAAACGGAGAACAAACCCGAACCAAUAGACACUCAUGUGGAUGGGCAUUUGAGUAUACAAUAUGAAGUUCUUGGUGAAGAAAGCUUACAGUCAAGAGACGGUUCAAUUAGAGCAUGAGAGGUGGAAAAUGAAUCUAAAGGACCUUAAUCAUGUUGUAGUUAUAUAGUAAACCCUACUGAAAAGAGGAUGAAGAAGCUGGGAAAUUGCAUAUAGCUUCUUGUCCAUGUUCAUUACAUAUGUUGUGAGUCUGUGACUAUAAACUUAUUUUCUUUCUAAAAAAAUAAGAAGAAAGAUAUAUAUUCAUGAUUUUUUUACUAUAAAUAAUAAUUAUAUACAUUAA